CUGAAGCAACACACAGGGUCUUCCCUCAUUACUGAGGAAAUGGCACAGUGUGUGUGUGGGGGUGCAGUAUAUGUGUGUGUUGAGCCAGGGGAGUCCUGUCUGGGACAGCAUUUGCAUAUGAUUUCACCUGCGGAUUAGCAUUCUGUUACUGAAGGGAAUGAACGAGGUCAACCAAAUAUGAUCGCCUCCCCAAGCUCCUCUGGUGGCUUAGAGGUCCUCCUGUCAACUCUGCAGAAUUCAGGGGAUGUGGAGGGCACCUUAAACACCCUCAAUGUCCUGGAUGAACUUCUGUCAGCCGGUACGGAUCGUCGUAUCCACUACAUGAUAAGUAAAGGUGGUAGCGAGGCCUUGCUGACUGCACUGGUCAACAAUGCCCGAACUUUCAGUCCCAACUACAACAUCCUGCUGCCACUACUGCACCUACUAGCAAAAGUUGGGCACAGAGACCGUCGCAUUGGUAUGAAGGCAGAGGAGGCUGGAGCUGUGCUGGUGACUCUAAAUCUGCUCAAACACAACAUCAAACAUGCCAGGAGGGUCGCAGCCUGCCUCUGGGUCAUCCAAGUCUUCUCUUCAUCAGUUUCUACAGCAAACCUAAUAGGAGAAAACUAUGGGUUGGAUGUCAUCUAUCACCUCAUUCCUCAGUACACCACCAAGAAUCUGCUUACCAUCAAGGCAGCUAUUAAUGCCUUUGCUGCUCUGCUGCACACAAAGGCAAAUGUUUGGUCCAUUGUAUCCAAGGGUUACAUCUCUGGUCUCCUGAAACUUUACGAGGACUGGCACAGCAAGGAUACUCAACAUGCUGCCAUAGCAAUCCGCCAUGCACUGCUGUGCUGUCUCCAUAAAGCAACACAGACUACUGCAGGCAGACAUGCUUUGAUAUCCCAGGGCGGCAUUCAACUACUGUAUCAAACUACACAGGUAUGUUCAAAUCACUCCUACAUGCUGCUAAGAAAAAGUCUGGAGUGUUUGGUGGUGUCCACAGUUCAGCUGAUGAGGAAGUGUCUUCCUAAAACUCCUCUACCACUGACAUCUGAUAAAUCUGCAUACACCUUCCCCCUGCCUGGAAGACCACAUGAUGUUCCUGAUGUGGACGUAACACCAGAUGAGAGCAGUGUGGAUAGUGAUGCUGAAGAAGAUGAAGAUAAUCAAGAGACCGACAGCAGAGACUAUGAUGAUGAUUUGGGAACUACUGAACAAACUUUGUCUCGCCCUGACCUGGACAGACCGAAAGAGCUGCCCACAACAGUACAACCGUCUCUGUCCCUGAACUCUCACAUAACUCCAGCUGGGGAGACAGGUAGUGAGACCACCGUUACUGACGCAGAGGGCCCCCAGAGCCAAGAGGCAAGGGGCCAGGGAGGGCCCACACGAACCAACUGGCCCAGCCAGCACCUCAACCCCCAGGAGCUGCAGCACAAGAGCAGCGCCCCGGCAGACACCAUAGCCCACCACGGGCUAAUCACACGCAGCGCCAUGCCCCAGACGGGGGAACAGGUUGUGCCACAAGAAAGCAAGAGUCACGAGCUACCACGCCCACCCCGGAACUGGCACAUCAAGGAUGCAGGACGCCUACUCCACAGCGUCACCGAGACCCCACCCACCCCACCCCACUCCAGGACAGCACCAGGUCGGGCGGAAGCCUCCAGCCAGCAGAAACUGAACUUCAGUGGCAGCAGGCAGGCCAGGACCAAGGCCUGUGCCCAGAUGAGCCAGAGCCACCCCCUCAGAGAGACCAAACAGCCCCCACGUCAGACUCCCAGGCAGCGGAGGGCCCCAGGCCCCUCAAAGGGAAGGAGAGGGGAGCUGGUUAUGAGUUCGGAAUCAGAGGAGAGUUCAACAACAUCAUCUUCCGAUGAUGAAGCUGUGAUGCACAACACUUUCCUUCCUAGUUCCUACAGGAAGGACAGAAGGAGUACUGCCAGAAGUGAUUCUUCCACCUCUUCAAGUGGUUCUCACACAGAGACAGAAACAUCCAUAAAGGGACACUCACCAGCUGCUGCCCAGUUAGAGGGUCAUGAUUUCCACAGUCAUAGCAGCAUCCUCAGCACCAGCCCUGGCUGUACGACCAUGAUUAGCGAGGCAACUGGAGAAACCCCCUCAGGUCAGAGAAGAGAUGAGCAGAAUGGUGAUGAAGAGGGAGCAGAGGAAGGCUACCACCGUAUCACGAUAGACCGGUUAUUGGAGAGACAUGGAGCCUGUAUCCCCCACCAUGUACCCAAACUAUACCGUGCCACAGCUGCCAAGACUAAAUCUAUCCCAGGAUUCAGCAUCCUGGCUUUCCCUGAUUUCUGGGGUCAUCUCCCACCACCAGGACAUGAGCCCAUGGCCCCACGCAAACCCAACAUACAGAGGGAGAAGGUAUUUGAAGAUAUCCAACGUUUCCUGAACACAGAUGACAUCAUAAAUCUCUUAGUCUUUGACCUGGAAAACAGCAGUGUUCAAUGCCGGUCUGAUUCUUUGAGGUUCUUUUCUAAGUUUGAAUGUGGGAACCUGAGAAAGGCUAUUCAGGUCCGCAGGUGUGAAUAUGACCUCAUAUUGAAUGCAGAUGUUAACUGUUCCCAGCACACCCAGUGGUUUUACUUUGAAGUCAGUAACAUGGUAGCGGGCAUCCCCUAUCGUUUCAAUGUCAUCAACUGUGAGAAGAGCAACAGCCAGUUCAACUAUGGAAUGCAGCCGGUGCUGUACUCAGUAAGGGAAGCUCUGGAUGGUAGACCACGCUGGGUCAGGACUGGAACGGAAAUUUGUUAUUACAGAAACUACUUUUGUCCAGCUCAAGGCAGAAGGGAAACAACCUUUUACACUCUGACUUUCACAGUCACCUUCAAACACAACGAGGAUGUCUGCUACUUGGCCUACCAUUAUCCCUAUACAUACUCUGCUCUGAAGACUCAUCUGAAGGUGCUGCAGAAAUCUGUGGAUCCUGCCAAGGUUUUUUUCCAGCAGCAGAUUCUUUGUGGCACUUUGGCUGGAAACUCCUGUCCACUGGUCACCAUCACUGCCUGUCCUGCCAGCAAGGGCUGGAAAGAUCUGCAUCAGCUGCGUAAUCGUCCCUGUAUUGUGCUGACAGGCCGUGUGCAUCCUGGUGAGUCCAAUGCUAGCUGGGUGAUGAAGGGCACUCUGGAGUUUCUGUGUAGCAAUGACCUAGUGGCCCAGAGUCUGAGGGAGGCCUUUGUCUUCAAGAUUAUUCCCAUGCUCAACCCGGAUGGAGUCAUCAAUGGAACGAAUCGCUGUGAUGUGAACAGUGAGGAUUUGAAUCGUCAGUGGUGUAAACCAGACCCUGUCCUGAGUCCAACGAUCUACCACACCAAAGGCUUCCUCUACUACCUCAACAGCAUAGGACGGACUCCACUGGUUUUCUGUGACUACCAUGGCCAUUCUAGAAAGAAGAAUGUGUUUCUGUAUGGGUGCAGCAUUAAGGAAACUCUCUGGCAGUCUGGCUCUGCCACUGACACUGUAGGACUGAAAGAGGAUCCUGGUUAUAGGACCAUUCCAAAGACAUUGGAUCGUAUCGCGCCAGCCUUUUCUUUCAACAGCUGCAACUAUUUGGUGGAGAAGUCUCGUUCUGCCACCGCCAGGGUCGUUGUCUGGAGGGAAAUGGGUGUUCUGAGAAGUUAUACCAUGGAGAAUACCUACAAUGGCUGUGACCAGGGAAUAUACAAGGGCCUGCAGAUAGGAACGAGAGAGCUGCAGGAAAUGGGAGUGAAGUUCUGCCACAGUCUGUUGUCUGUAACCAAAGACACUAAGCUUCUUUACAGCAGAAGACUCAUCAACCACAUUGACCUGGACCACAACAUUCUGGACCACAAGUCUCACAAUUGUUUUGAAGAUGACGAGCCUCCAUGUGUUGAAGAGAUUGAAUAUUCCACAGAUAUUCCUGCUGUUACAUGCACUGAUCUGGAUUCAGAUGUCAACAGCAAUAUGGCUAGUCCUGAUGAAGAGGAGGAGAGCAACGAAGGACACAGUCCAGCAAAAUGUCAGCAAGACUGCAUCAAUGAGUCAAUAAUGAAGGGCAACCUGUUCCCUCCCCAUAUUAGACAGGCCUCCAUCGACGCACUUGGUGAAAAAAGAAACACAUGUAAUGGUGUGAGCAUCACCAAUGGACAAAUCACAAGUUAAAGGAAUAUUUUUACCUUUUGGAUUUUGAUUUGCGUCUAGAGAAAAAGUCAAGAGCCUCAGUUAUUCUCAAAACAUUUUCUAAGCACUGUAAGCUUUUCUCCAUAAGAAUGCACUUAUCUGAGUGAAAAACAAGAUUUGGGGUUAUAAUACACACAAACUAAAGAUAACAAAAGGUACCAUAUUGUAAUCACUCCGUAACUUGCAUGUAUAACUGAAAAAUAUCAGUAAUGUCAAAGCAGUAGCAUUGAACUUCCAGCCUCAGUUUUUAUUGUGUCUGUGUAUAGAAAAGUCAUGAGUGGUUUGUAUCAAGACUAUAGACAUGUAUAGGCACUCAUGUAUUGCCACUCAGACAAAAAGUCACAUGAAGUGUGUAAUCUGGUUCUCAGUGAGAAAAACUAACAAAGCAAUCAUUUCUUUUGAAUCUGAUUAACAGUCAUUUAGAUGAAGUCCAGAAUGGAAACUAUCUUCUUAGGGAUUUAUCCAGAAGUAUACUCACAUGCAAAAGAAAUGCAAGUUUCU